UGCUGCUGUUGUUUUGGUUCGCAGUUGUCGCGGCGGAGAGCAAAAUGGCGGACUCUGCGGCGGAGGGAGCCCCGGAAGCGCCCAUAAACUCCGGUCCGAACCAAACUGACCAUAGCGAAGAAUGGGAAACCAUGGCUCGAGCUUGGCUUUCUUCUUUCCCUGAGGCUGAAGAAGUCACCAUGGCCGAGGUCGAAGCCUGGAUCGACUCCAACCAUGAUUCUUUACCCGAGGGCCUCAAAUCCAUGCCUCGUUCUGAUCUCUGUCACAGGCUUAUUUCCAUUCAAAAUUGCAUGAGAUUCCCCCCUCAGGAAAAGGAGGCAAAUCAGCUUGAUAUUCCACAUGCUCGAUUUCAGCGCACAGAUCAAUGGAUACCAGUUUAUUCAUGGUUGGAGACAUUGGAUAAGGAUGAAGUGGUUAAGUCCAAAGAGAUUUCUGAUUGGCUAACUGAAAACCCUAAGGUCCAAGAGAAGUUGUGUUCAAGGCAUUCUCGAUAUCAUUUGAUGCACUAUAUCAAAAAAUGCCAUUUAAAGAUACUAAAGAGAAGGGAAAAGAAGAAGGUUUUAGAUCAGCCUGACAAGGAUGCUUCACUGAAGGUUCAGAAAGAUGUGCCGAUGAAACACUCGGCCCCACUUCCAUGUAGUUCAUUAAACAAUAUUCCCAAAGAUAGCGACUUGUACAUUACCAAAAGAAAUGAAGCUUAUCGCAAAUAUGAGAUUUUAGUGGAGUUGGAGAAGCUGCUUUCCCCAACAAUCUCUAAGCUUUCUGAGACAAAGUGAAGCAGACAGAGAAACUUAAAACCAUUGACGUUCGAAGGCAAAUCCUCCAGCUGCUUCGCUCUCUCUGCAUCAUUUUGACGGAAACAACGUUGCCUCUUCAGAGUGCUUACUGAUCAUCACAUCAGCCGCCGCAUUGUUCAUAGAAUCAUAGUCAUAAUGAGCAUUGCUUUAAGCUUUUAUUAUGUCUUCAAUCAUAGCUAUUUAGAUUUGGAAAGAGUUCAGGCUUAAUAUUUAGGUUUUGAUUAUUGAAGUGUUUUCUUUUUCUUUUUUUUUCCCAAAAAGCAUAAGAGUGACAAGUAUACAGUGUUUAAAAUUUUUU